CCCUGGUUGCUAGGCGCCGCGGGAGGCCCCGCCCCUGGUGCGCGCUGCCCGCGCCGCGCCGCCGCCGCCUCAGGCCGAGGCCAGCAGCGAACUCUCGCUAUCAAGUGCUGUUGCCGUCCCGCUUUGGCAGCGAUCACCGCCGGUGUGUCCCCCCCGAGCCUCGCACGAUGCAGAGAGUGUCGCGACUGAAGAGGGAGCUCUCGCUCCUGACCGCGGAGCCGCCUCCGGGCAUCACUUGCUGGCAGGAGGAAAACCGGGUGGAUGAUCUCCGGGCACAAAUCGUAGGAGGUGCAGGCACACCGUAUGAGAAAGGGAUAUUCGAUCUGGAAAUACUUAUUCCUGAAAGGUACCCGUUUGAGCCCCCUAAGAUUCGCUUUCUGACCCCCAUCUAUCAUCCUAACAUUGACUCUGCUGGGAGGAUUUGCCUGGAUGUUCUUAGAUUACCACCAAAGGGUGCUUGGAGACCUUCCUUGAACAUCUCCACUCUGCUGACCUCCAUACAGCUGCUGAUGGCAGAGCCCAACCCCGAUGACCCUCUCAUGACGUCCAUAUCCUCAGAGUACAAGUACAAAAAGGAGCUUUUCCUGCUGAAUGCCAGAGAGUGGACUGAGAAGUAUGCGAGCCAGCAGAAGAGGGCUCUGGGGGAGAAGGUGAACCCCAGUGACACGAGUGUCCCCGAGGGAGGUGCUGCCCAGAAGAGGAAAGGGAAUAGUCUGAGCAAGAAGGAGAAGAACCCUCGCCUGGAAUCCUGAGUGGGGUUUGUUCUCAUGGCUGUUUUCACCAGCCCUUUCCCUUUGCACCGCGGGGCCUCAGUGCUGGAACCGAACUGUGCCUGCAGCAGGUUUCCCUUUUCCAGCUCCUUUUUCCCUGUGGAAUGUUCCGUUGUAUAAAUAAAGCUUUAAUUUCUACCUGCA